GUUUCGUAGAAUUAAAUACUUGUAAUCGCGAAAUAUAUAUAAAAUAUAUAUAAAUCAGGCAAGUCAAUGCUCCGUCUACUUUUCGACGAAGCGAUCAAUCAGUCAGCAAGUGCUCGUUACACCAUUAACCCCACGCUCGAAGUCCCUUACAGCUGAAUAAAAUGGGAGAGAUGAUAUCUCAUUCGGUAUGACUCAUCAAGGGAGUGCAACGUUUCGGGUUUAUUGCGAAGAGGAAAGUAUAAUUAUCUGCCUUUUCUUUGUCUGAGGUAUUGCCGCUGCUAUAUAUAUUCGUCUUACAUUGUUCGUAGUAUUGCUCUAACCUGAGGUGUUCUUCCAAUAAGAAUCAAUGAUUUCGUGUAUUUAAAUAUUAAAAAAAAUCGAAAGCAUGCCACUGGAACUCCAACCCGCCACCGAAGCCGACGCCGGACGCUCCGUCGACAUCGAGCGUGCGGCGUAUGCUUUGAACCCGCUCACCAGGAUCCUGUUCCCCGGCCCCUUUCCAGCCACGGCGGCAGACGAUCGCGCCAAGCUGCUGACCACGGAGCUGAAGAGCGACCCCACCACGCGCUGGUUCAAGGUCGUCGACCCGGAGCUCCCGGAGGCCGAGCAGAUGGUCGCCUUUGCCAAGUUCCACGUCUUCACCGAGCGGAAGCAUCCGGCGCCGCGGUCGUUCGGCCCCGGCUGCAAUGUCGAGGCGUGCGAACUGCUGUUUAGUUCCAUUGCGAAGCUGAGGGAACGCACGCAGGAGCAUGAAGAUGGGUCGUACAUAUACUUUCAUCUCCUGCACGCCGACCCAAAACACCAAGGCCGCGGCGCCGGCGGCAUGCUAGUGAAACGAUGCAUAGAGGAGGCGCGGAAGCUGGGUGUUACGGCAUACCUGGAGGCUACCGAGGCGGGCCAUGCUGUUUAUAAGAAGUACGGCUUUCGCGAUGUCGAGUGCCUGUCCCUCGACUUGAGUAAAUGGGGACUCGCGGAGUUGGCUAAUUACUGGUCGAUGGUUUAUGAUCCGCGUGAGGCUGUUGAGGGUGAGGCGGAUGUAUGAGGGUUUUAUACAUCCGAUAUACAUACUAUUAUUUAUAACAACUUGAGAACUAUAUGUAUAUGAAAUCAGUUGUUUACCUAGUUACCUUGGAAAACGAACAACAUGGAAAUCAUGGAUGGAUCAUCGCUUGUUUGUCCUCAUGAAUACCUACAUAACUCCUAUAUGCGUGCUAGCGGGGCCAUCAAGUGUAAUC